AAAAAAGGAACUAAAAUUGGUUUGGUUCGUAAAUUAAAUUAAAAUAUAUAAAUUAAAAUAAAGAAGAGUGGGUAAAAUAAUGGCGCGGUGAGUAGUAGUUGUUGAAAUCGCCAGAUUGCAGGUUUCGAUUUCAUCAAUUCUGUUUGAUCUUCGUCGAAUUCAGAGCUUCUGAUCAUCCUCCCAUGGCUGCUCCGUUUUUCUCAACGCCUUUUCAGCCUUUCGUUUACCAGAGUCCACAAGAUGCCGUGAUACCUUUUCAAAUUUUGGGCGGUGAAGCUCAACUGGUUCAGAAUUACAAACUUCUGCAUUUGGUAUAUCAGAUAAUGUUGAAGCCAGAAGAAAAGGUUAUAGCCAAGCCUGGUUCAAUGUGCUUCAUGUCUGGGUCAAUGGAAAUGGAAAAUGUCUUUGUUCCUGAAAAUGAAGGAAGCAUGUGGCAGUGGAUUUUUGGGAAGACGGUCAGUAGCAUAGUUUUCUGUAAUGCUGGUCCAGGUGAUGGAUUUGUUGGAAUUGCUGCACCUUCUCUUGCGAGAGUUCUCCCGAUUGAUUUAGCUAUGUUUGGUGGAGAGAUUUUGUGCCAGCCAGAUGCAUUCCUUUGUUCUGUGAAUGAUGUGAGAGUCAGUAAUACACUCAACCAAAGGGCACGUAAUGUUAUUCCUGGUCCAGAGAUAUUUUUAAGACAGAAGCUAUCUGGCCAAGGUCUUGCAUUUAUCCUUGGAGGUGGAUCUGUUGUACAGAAAAAUCUUGAAGUGGGAGAGGUAUUAUCUGUUGAUGUGUCUUGUAUAGCUGCUGUAACUGCAACAGUCAAUAUCCAAAUCAAAUUCAACGGUACUGUGAGAAGAGCACUGUUUGGUUUGACCAAAUCACAGAGUGACAAUCUGGUAACGGCUGUUCUAACUGGGCCAGGCAUUGUCUUCAUUCAGAGUUUACCUUUUCAUCGAUUUUCUCAGCGUAUUGCUAGGGCAGUUACAUCUCCAAACAUGAGGGAAAAUCCGAAGUUCUACGUGCAGAUAGCCAUUUUCUUUUUCCUGGCAUAUGUUGUGAUUGUAUCUUCGUUAAUCUUGACCGAUGUAUGAAUUUCACCUUUUUUUUCUUUUCAUCUUCUAUCCAGAGGUACCAGUAUCAUAUCCCUUCAGUGGUUUCUGUAGCUCGAUUUGGUUUCAAUAUAAUCAGGUCAAUAGAAAUAGAAGAUUUUAGAUUUUUUUCACUCGGAUUUCUGUUUUACUUUGCCUAAAAUUCUUGGUCAAUCAUGUGUACGGAUUGAGUUGUAAAUUAAAGCCUCGCGUUAUGUUUUUGAGUUU